AUGGCACACCUUGCAGCUGCCUAUUUUUCCCCAGAACAAUCCCGAGGGGCUUCAAAUGAAUCUCUGUUUAAAGAACUUUGGCAUUCCUGUGCUGGUCCCCUUGUCAGUCUUCCUCGUGAAGGAGAACGAGUUUACUAUUUUCUGCAAGGUCACAUGGAACAGCUCGAAGCAUCAAUCAAUCAAGGAUUUGAUCAACAUCUCCCUUCAUUCAACUUACCCAGCAAAAUUCUUUGCAAGGUGGUGCACGUUCAGUUAAGGGCUGAAACGGAGACGGACGAGGUGUAUGCACAAAUAACACUGAUUCCUGAACAAGAUCAAUCUGAGGUCAUGAGUCCAGAUCCGCCUCUACCUGAACCUCCAAAAUGCACUGCCCAUUCAUUUUAUAAGACUCUUACUGCUUCUGAUACAAGCACCCAUGGGGGAUUCUCGGUUUUACGAAGGCAUGCUGAUGAUUGCUUACCUCCAUUGGAUAUGUCUCAGCAACCGCCCUGGCAGGAAUUGGUAGCUUCUGAUAUCCAUGGUAACCAGUGGCACUUCCGUCACAUCUACCGAGGUCAACCAAGGCGACACUUACUGACAACAGGGUGGAGUGUCUUUGUUAGUGCCAAAAAAUUGGUUGCAGGAGAUACUUUUAUCUUCCUAAGGGGAGAGAACAGGGAACUUCGAGUUGGAGCGAGACGGCCCAUGCGACAGCUCAAUAAUGUCGCAUCUUCUGUGAUAUCAAGUCACAGUAUGCAUCUUGGUGUUCUAGCCACUGCUUCCCAUGCCCUCUCCACUAGGACUCUCUUUUCGGUUUUUUAUAAACCAAGGACUAGUCCAUCUGAAUUUAUUGUAAGCGUAAAUAAGUAUCUUGAAGCUAAAAAACAGAAGCUCGAGGUGGGGAAAAGGUUUAAGAUGAGAUUUGAGGGUGACGAGGUUCCAGAAAGAAGGUUCAGUGGGACAAUUGUUGGUGUCGAGGAUCAUUCUUCGUCCAGAUGGCCUGAUUCUGAAUGGAGAUCAUUGAAGGUCCAAUGGGAUGAACCUUCCUCAAUUUUGCGCCCAGAUAGAGUAUCACCUUGGGAAAUAGAACCACUUGUUAAUACAAAUCCGCAGAAUUUACUGACUCAACAAAGAAACAAACGGCCACGUCCACCCACUUUGCCUUCUCCUGUGCAAGAAUUAACUGCACCAGGUACAUGGAAGCCUCAAGCUGAACCACUCUCUACAUUCUCUUAUAAUGUUUCUUUUCAUGAACGAGACCCCUGUCAAUCACCUAAACGAGCUCGUGGCCCGGGACCCAGCAGUACGACUCACAGCGAAAUUAUGCUGGCAGCUUCAGGAAAAUCAGUUCACCAAUCCAAUCAAAUAGAAAAUGCUGCAGAGUCAUCUGCCCCUGUUAGCGGAAUAAUACAGGCGAACGGCUGCAGGCUGUUUGGUAUUGACUUGAUUGACCGUUCCGUUGUGGAGAACACAGCAACACCAGCAGUUUUUUCGGCUGCUGCCAUCGACGAUUCUCAUAUUUCUCCAUUUGAUAAUGAAUUAGAGCAACAUUCUGAGCCAUCAGACCGCAAUCUUCCUUGUGUUCCCUCAGGGAGUUAUGAUCUCGACAGGUCUUGCCACAUGAAAUCUUAUGAGCCACACAAUAGGCCAAUUCGGAGCUGCACUAAGGUUCAUAUGCAAGGCACUGCAGUUGGGAGAGCACUCGACCUGACUGUGUUCACAUGCUAUGAUGAUCUAACCAAGAAACUGGAAGAAAUGUUCGAAAUUGAAGGUGAGCUCUCUGGGUCGACCAAGAAAUGGACGGUUGUGUACUCAGAUGAUGAAGAUGACAUGAUGAUGGUUGGAGACGAUCCAUGGCACGAGUUUUGCUCAAUUGUGAAGAAGAUUUACAUCUACACAACAGAGGCUGCCAAGAGGCUUUCGCCCAAGAUUAAACUUCCCCUUGAUGAGUUUAAAUCUGGGAAGCUCGUACCUACUGUUGCCUUCGUGACUGAAGAACAGUCUUCUACGUUGGGAUCCGGCAAAUGA